AUGGCUAACUUUGGAAGAAGGACUUGGGAUAGAGAGGAGUAUGCUAAACUUGCAAAAGAAUCAAGACCCUUAUCUCAUCUUGAGGAUCUUUCGGAAGCGCAAUUUCAGCAAUUGAAACUGAAAUAUACUAAUUAUGAGAAACUUCUACAGGAAUCUACGGCAGAUGCAGAUAAAAGGAUAAUCACUUCAGCCCUGACAUCAUAUAAGAGGGGUAAACAGUUUGGUUUUUACUGUGAACUAUGUAAUUUGACUUUUAAGGACACUCUGCAAUACAUUGAUCAUCUCAACCAUAAAGUGCAUGAAAUAAAAUUUGAACAGGUAUUUGACGAAAAACUUGUCAUUGACACCCGAGAUAAUGAGCAUGUUCCAAUAUCGGAGUUUGUGAACGAAUAUAAGUCUCAGGUUGCUGCAUUUGCCAAGAAUAAUGGCAGCUUUAAAGCAACUAAUAGGAAGCCAAAGAAGUAUAUAAAAGUUGAUGUGAAGAAAAAGGAAAAGGAUAAUGAAACGACAGAUGAAGUCAGCGAUGCUAUGGGCUUUAAAUCUUUUGGGAGUACAAAACGGAAAUGA